AUGGCCAUUUUGGGGACCCGUGCAGCACCAACCGCAGUCAACCAUGACUUGAGCGAGCAGCCGGAGCCGGUGAUCGCUGAUGAUGUCGAAAAGGAAGGGACUACUGUUCAGAAGGAGUCCGCUGGUGGUAAUGUGCGGAUUGACCCUGCUGUGGAGAAGAGAGUGGUGCGCAAAAUCGAUUUGCACGUUACUCCGCUGGUAACAUUCCUGUUCCUACUCUCGUUCUUGGAUCGGUCAAACAUUGGCAAUGCCCGUAUUGCGGGCAUGGAUAAAGAUCUGGACUUGGUUGGCGACCGGUAUGACUGGUUGUUGACUAUUUUCUAUAUCUCGUACAUUGUGUUUCAAUUCCAGGCCUUCAUGUGGAAGAUACUUAAGCCUCAUACGUGGGCUUGUCUGAUCACUCUGGCAUGGGGUAUCAUUGCAACCUGUCAAGCUGCGACACAAUCUUGGGGUGGAGAAAUGGCCCUGCGAUUCCUGUUGGGAGCGGCCGAGGCGGGCUUUGGCCCUAGUAUCCCUUACCUCCUGUCCUUCUUCUACCUGCGACACGAGCAUGGCUUCCGCAGUGGUAUCUUUCUGGCUGCAGCGCCUCUGGCCAACACGUUCGCGGGGGCAUUGGCAUACGGGAUCACCAGCGGUCACUCCACGCUGGCCAACUGGAGACUCCUCUACCUUGUGGAGGGCAUCCCGACCAUCUGUGCAGCUCCGUUGGCCUGGUUCUUCCUCCCCGACAGUCCCACCAGCGCGCGGUUUCUGACGGGGGAGGAGAAAGAAGUUGCGCGAGCCCGGGUCCUGAGACAACAUGGCCCUCAACCAGAAGGAGGGGAGAAAGUCAGUUUCAAGGAGAUAGGCUUGACUCUCCUCGACCCCAAAGCCUGGUUCACGGCGUUGAUGUACUUCUCCUGCAAUGUCUCGUACUCGUCAUUGCCGGUGUUCUUGCCCACCAUCCUCAACGAGAUGGGAUUCUCGGCAGUCAGUGCGCAAGGCUUGUCAGCGCCGCCGUACUUUGUGUCGACCAUUCUGACCGUUGCCACGUGCUGGAUCGCCGACCGCACCCAACAACGUGGAUGGAUGAUCGCCUUUUUGAGCUGCAUCGGCGGAAUCGGCUACAUUCUUCUGGCUACGUGCACCGCGGUGGCUCCCAGGUAUUUUGGCACAUUUCUCUGUGCGGCCGGGGUCUUCCCGGCGAUUGCGAACAUCUUGCCAUGGGUGGUGAACAACCAAGGGAGCGACAGUCGACGAGGCAUGGGUAUCGUGCUCCUCAACCUGGUCGGUCAAUGCGGCCCUCUUUUGGGCACGAGGAUCUUUCCCAAAGGUCAAGCUCCGCGAUACGUCGAAGGGCAAAGCAUCUGUGCCGCCUUUAUGUUCUUCAAUGCCUUGCUUGCCUUGACCCUGAGGACCCUGUUGGUGUGGGAGAACCACAAGCUCGACGAAAAGUAUGGCCGGGUGUAUGGGGGCCAAGGUCAACAGGCUGAGGAUGGCGAUGGCGAUGGCCAGGUUGACACCAAUGUUGGGGAGGAAAACUAUGGUGCAGCAUUUAGAUAUAUUCUCUAG